AAUUAGCAUUUGUCUUUGACAGAAAACUGUUCACUAACCAAAUAAAUAUUUUACUAAAAAGAAAUCCUCUCCCUUUUCCCUCGUAUUCCCGAGCCUCCCCUUCUCUGUCUCGGAGUACACCAUUUCUCUCCCUUUUCUAUUUGAUUUUCUUUCCGUUGGCUACCAAAAAAUCUGAGAGCACCAUUUCCUUCGCACGAAAGCAAGCCACUCCAGCCGUUACCCAUCGACGCAGCACCAUUCAAGCCAUCUGUCGAUGCUUUGUCCAAUGAGCAGGCUCAGAGGAGAUUUUUUUCUGACAAGAUAAAUUUUGCAGUCUGUGCAACUGAUUGUUUGUUGGAAUAGGUUCCAAGUUCCAACCCCAGCUCUUUAUCCAUAACAAAAGCCAGCCUCGUGAAAAAGAAAAUCCACUAGAUUUUCUGGUCGAAGAAUCUUUCAGAACCGCUGCAAAGAUCGCCGGUGCAGCUAACAAUCUCCGCUCUGUACGUCUCCUAUGGCUUCCCCUAUUAGGUAACUAAUUAGGAAAUUGGCAAUCAAGGAUGUGCUUGGAACUAUGAGUAACUUCCAUGGACUUCAAAAAUUCCAUAUGUAGUUUCCAUGGUGAUUACUUGUCUGAGGCGUGGGGUAUCAAGAAAAGAAAAUAAUGAGUCAGAGCACUUAAAUUCCCAGCAAGCCAUUCUUGAUGUGGCACCUCUCAACAGUGUUCCAUACAUUGGUCCGCCUACUCCUCAUAGCUAUACUGCAUCAUCUUCAACCAAAAGGUCUGGUGAGACCGUGGAAAAAGUUGGGCCAGCUCUAAUAUUUCUGCCUUCACUUUCCACUCAGGAAGGGUGGAAUAAUGUUGUUGCUGCCACAAGAGUAAGGGUUGAAUUGACUGGGAGUGCAGCUAUGGGGAAGAUUGGACCAGCAAUAGGACUAAUGGACAUUGGUGAAUCCAAAGAUUCUUACUGUUUCCGUGUCUCAUUGCCAGGGGUAGCAAGGAAUGAGAGUGAGUUUCAAUCAUCCUGCAAAGAUGAUUUCAAUUGUGACGUGGAACCUAAUGGAAAAAUAGUAAUAAAGGGAGUAACAACGACUGGUGAAACAAUAGUGUGCAAGAACUCUCAAAUCUUUCAGAUGCAGACACAAAAUCUGUGCCCACCAGGGCACUUCUCUAUCUCAUUCCAGCUGCCAGGUCCAGUUGAUCACCAACAAUGUUCUGGUUCCUUCGGGAUUGAUGGGAUUUUGGAAGGAAUUGUGAAGAAGAGGUGACUAACAAGUCAUACUCUUUUAGUCGAGAGCUUAAGAAGGACAAGAGGAACUAUAAAAAGAACGUGAUUCCGAGUGAUGUUUGCCUGUGAUUUUGCAGAUAUACCCUAGAUAGAGCCAUGCACAGAAAAAUGAAUUGUGCUGUUUGCAGAACGUGAUUCCGAGUGAUGUUUGCCUGUGAUUUUGCAGAUAUACCCUAGAUAGAGCCAUGCACAGAAAAAUGAAUUGUGCUGUUUGCCCCAAAUAUACAGAUUUCCUAGUUUUUGUUGAGUAGAGUGUCUUCCAUGAUAAUGUAGAAUCAUGUGUUACUCUCAGGAUAUGCACAGAUCUCUAUUUUGGAUAUUAUUAAGAAUUGUCUUUGUAUGUGAGAAACAUAUUCACUUCCUAAAGCUUAGGUAGGGCGUGCUUUCAGAAAUUUUCUGCAUGAAUUGAGACCUUUCCUUCCAUUA